CGAGUCCCGUGCUGCCCCGCGCGGCGCGCUGACGUCAGACGCCGCGCUGUCCUUAGCCCGCGCACCCGGAUGUGAGUCCCUUUUGCUCCCCCGGAAGAUGGCGGGUGAGAAGGCGCCGGAGAAGAAGGCUGACAAGAAGCCGGCCAAGAAGAAGGGAGGGGAGAAGAAGCCGGCAGAGCAGAAGCCCAAGAAAGCAGCAGGGGACAAGAAGAGGGUGAAGAAGUACCAUGCCAGCCGUAACCCCGUCCUGGCCCGGGGCAUCGGGAGGUAUUCCCGCUCGGCCAUGUACGCCAGGAAAGCCCUGUACAAGCGCAAGUACACGGCCCCGGAGACAAAGAUAGAGAAGAAGAAGAAGGAGAUGCCCCGUGCCACCAUCACUAAGCCAGUGGGUGGAGACAAGAAUGGAGGCAGCCGGGUGGUUAAAAUCCGGAAAAUGCCCAGGUACUACCCCACGGAGGACGUUCCCCGGAAGCUGCUGAGCCAUGGCAAGAAGCCGUUCUGCCAGCACAAGCGGCGCCUGCGCGCGUCCAUCACCCCCGGCACGGUGCUGAUCCUGCUCACCGGCCGGCACCGCGGCAAGCGUGUUGUGUUCCUGAAGCAGCUUGAUACUGGCCUUCUGCUUGUUACAGGCCCCCUGGCUGUCAACCGCGUCCCUCUGCGCAGGGCCCACCAGAAAUUCGUUAUCGCCACAUCCACCAAGGUGGAUCUCACUGGGGUGAAAAUUCCCAAACAUCUCACUGAUUCCUACUUCAAGAAGAAGAGGCUGAGGAAGCCCAAGCACCAGGAAGGAGAGAUCUUUGACACUGAGAAAGAAAAAUACGAGCUGACGGAGCAGCGCAAGGCUGACCAGAAGGCCGUGGAUUCCCAGAUCCUGGCACAGAUCAAGAAGGUGCCUCAGCUCCGGGGGUACCUGCGCUCCACGUUCUCUCUCUCAAAUGGAGUUUAUCCUCACAAAUUGGUGUUCUGAGCCUUCUGGAAUCACCACAUUAAACUCCAAGGAAAAAAAAAA